GACUCGAGCUGUGCUCUGUACUUUGUGUCGUGCCACACGGGGAACGUUCUCCAGUGCAACAACAGCAAUGACGCCAGGUGUGCGAACGAGAACCGCCAAGACUGGGAGGCCUGGAGGAUCGUGGAGCCCCGCUCGAGUGCUGCUUCCACUCAACCGCAGCGUGGUGUGGAACGCUACGCUCUUGCUGACAAGGACCGCGAGAACUUCAUUCUGGAGCUCGCGAGGUGCGGGAAAUCACCGGCGGAGAUCGAGCAAAUCGUGACGAGCAUGUUUGAUGUUCCGCUCGCUACCGCUACAGCCUCGGCUCUAGUCGUUCAAGUGGAGAAGGAGUAGACACGACCAGUUAGGACAGUGUCGAACUUCUACAGUCACAACGCUUGAAUGCAUCACCCCGUUCAGGCUUGCUAACAUCCUCGAGUAUGUGUGGAGUAGUCAUCAGUUCUGCUUCGAUUUCGAGCAAUCGUCC